AGGCGCGACGAAGUCUCCGUGUGGCGAUUAAGGCGGCAUUUCUGUACCAUGUUGCAGACGAUAAAAUGACUAUGGAUGGGAGCAAGAGCGAGCCGGGCAAGAACGGGGCCACUCAGCAAGAAUGCGCGGGUUGCGGAAAGGCGAUUACAGAGAGGUACCUUCUGAAGGCGUUGGAUAUGUACUGGCACGAAGAUUGCCUGAAAUGCGGGUGCUGCGACUGUAGACUCGGCGAGGUCGGCUCGACGCUCUACACGAAGGCCAAUCUCAUCCUCUGCAAAAGAGACUAUCUGCGGCUCUUCGGAAACACCGGCCACUGCGCGGCCUGCAGCAAGGUGAUUCCGGCGUUCGAGAUGGUGAUGCGCGCGAGAACCAACGUUUAUCACUUGGAGUGCUUCGCUUGUCAACAGUGCAAUCACAGAUUUUGCGUGGGUGACAGAUUUUAUCUCUGUGAUAACAAGAUUCUCUGCGAGUACGAUUACGAGGAGAGGUUGGUCUUCGCUAACAUGGCUCUGCAUCCGCCACCCAGCGCGACACUGGCGCACAUCAAGAGGCAAGUGACUCAUCUUCAGCCACAGACCGUAGCCGCGGGUGGCCCUCAACGACAAGCGAACGGGGAGACGGCCCAUAACCACAACGGAUAUCCAGCGCCAGCCAGCUCGAGCGCCCAUAACGUCCUGAACCCCAUGAAUAAUUUAAACGGUAUCAAUGCGCAAGCAUCGUACGAUGCCAAAUGACAAACGAAGUAAGCGCCGAUAUAUCGAUUGAGUCGUGCGCGCGCGCGCUCCGCGGACGGGGGCGUCGCGAAAAUCCGCGUCUCGGCUGUCGUCCUCGUCGUCUACGUAUAGCUUACCAUCCCGAUCGUCCAAACUAGAGUCUCAAUCUAUACAGAGUCUGGGCAGCUUAUCAGUUUGGGCAAAAUAUCGCGCCCUUGGUAAACAUUCGAUCGGUGUUCGUAGCUGAAUCUUCACUGAGAGAAAAAGAUAGUUGGAAUAACUAUAAUCUCACUAUAUUUUAUAGUUCGUUUUGGCCUCAAACAUAUAUUUAUAGUUCAUCUAAACAUGAAGAUAUAGUAGAAUGAACACAGAUUUAUA